AUGUCAGCAAAUCCGUCUAUGCUGCCAUCACUUCCCCCAAAAACUGCUAAGAAACCCCCUGCAUCUGAUUCUUCUUCAACCUGCCAAAAGGCCGGGUUUGGGAAAAGGCAGGACGAGCAGAGAAGGGCACAAACACCUGUUCGUUCCAAGCGGAGCACAGCCGCACGCUGCGAGAGCCCCUGGAGGAGCCGCGCCGACCGCAAGGGCGGGCAGAUUAUACCAGAAAGAAGAUUUGUAGAAGCAGUAAAUCGUGAAGCAUAUCAGUAUCAAAUUGGUGACUUUCCAGCAGAAUGGGAAGCAUGGAUAAGAAAAAAGAGAGAAGAUCCACCCACAGUUGAGGAGAUUCUUAGGAAUGAAAGUUAUAGAGAAGAAAUGAAGCAGAAAGUCAAGGAUGUAUCUGAAAAGGACAAGCUGCUUCAGGCCAAGGAGUAUGAGGAAGGACUUGUUGCUGAACCAAGUCAUACUCAGGUUAAAGGCCACGCAUCUGCCCCUUACUAUGGAAAGAAGGAGCCCUCACAAGACCCCACGAGCACUGCAAAUACCUUCCAGCCAGGUGCCUGGAUGCCACCAGGCAGUGGUAGUAGUCAAAAUAAAUGAGCAAUUUAAUGGACAGGUACUGUUAAUGGAUUAAUAUUUUAACAGAUGACAUACACAGCUGUUAUAUACAAGAGUACUACAAUAAAGUAGUAUUAAAGCAGUUUGAGUUACUUUUGCAGAACUAUUCAAAUAGGCUUGAUCAUGACAAAGUAUUGUUGAGGUGUUUGGGUUUUGUGAAAAAUGGUGUGUUACUAAGUUUGGUUUUGAUAGUUGUUGCUCAUCAGUUACUCUUGAAUUCAUUUUUAAAAGACUAAGUUUUCUUUAAGUCUAAAUUGCUUUUUUCCUUGAAGACUAAUUUAGUUUUAAAACUGUUCUUGAUGUAAGAAUUAUUGUCUGUACACUUACAUUUUCCCAAGCCUUUGCUAAGACAUCUCUUCAGAAUAAAUCCCUUGGCAGUGCCAGCAUGCUUUCCGCUGGCAAGCAGACGGAAAAGUUGAUUUCAUUAACAGGAAUCACUAUGACACUACACUGAUUACGCACUGUACUCAUCAUAGAGACGUUCUUGGAACUUAAAAUAAUCAACAUAUUUGAAUGUUUGAUUUUAAAACAGUCAACAUAUUUGAAUGUUUGAUUUGCAGACAGCAAUUUGUACAGGGUAAAACCAGUUAAAAUACAUAUAAAUGCUAUAAUAGAAGCUAGAAGUAGUUGAUAAAGCUGCUGGAAAAUAACACUAGGUCUGGAACAAGGGACUGUCUUGAAUAUUAAAAAAAAUACUAGUUUUUAUUCCUUGUGUAUCCAUGGACUUCCCUAGAUGAUGAGAUCAUUUUGGCCAUAGUUAAGCUACGUAAAAUGUGCAGAUUAUUUGCUUAGAAAUUAUGUUUGAGAACUUCAAAUAAAAAUGAAGACGACACAA